GAAAACAAUGGGUAGGGUUAAACUGGAGCUGAAAAAGAUUGAGAACAGAACAUAUAGGCAUAUAACUUUUGCCAAAAGAAAAAGUGGUCUUGUUAAGAAAGCUUAUGAACUUUCGACUCUUUGUGAUAUUGAGGUUGCUCUUAUUAUAUUUUCUCCAGCUGGAAAACUCUUCCUUUUUGAUGGCAAGAAAAGGAUUGAAGAAAUUCUUGCUGAAUACAUGGAACUUCCUGCUCGUCGACGUGGAUGGGUGCUUGAUCAAGAGUUGAUCCGACGCAUUGUUACUCAGUUGAACGUUGAAGCUAGCUUUUACGGCGUCAUUAGAAGGGACAAAGACAGCGAAAAUCUAUUGAAGGAAAUCCAGAAUGGAAUAGUUGUAUGCGGUACUGAGCUGGAACAAGUGGAGAGGAACCUACAGUUUUUUCUGAAAAAUCCUAGUUCUCUUGAUACAAUAACCGAGGUUAUGUACCAUGAAAUGAUCUUGGAAGAGACCUUGGAACUUGUCCGUUUGCGCAAGAGAGUUUUAGAAGCAAAUGAAUUUGUUGGACCGACUAGAAUGGAAUUUGGAGCUAACAUUGUGCCCAAUUUGGUCGAUCCCAGUGAGAUUCCGCUUCAUGCGCAAAAUGCUAGUGCCCAGGCUUGCUUAGAGCGAGGUUUGAACUACAACUUCAUGAACUGGCCACCACUGAAUGAUGUUCAAGCUCCAACCAAUUUUACUCAUCAAUCAAUCGGUCUUCAACAGCCCUUAAGAAAUUUAGCAGAACCCUUGGUUGAAAGGCUGCCAUUCCCAAUGCGAUUGCCAUCGCCAAUGAGAUCUCAUCAUCUUCAAGGGCAUGGGCACUUGGGCGGAAAUGAAGUGAGCACUCAACCAAACAUGAAUUUUGAUGACUAUGUGUACCGUCCGGCGCCACCGAUUGUCAAUGCAAAUUUCCCUCCCAUGAAUAUGGACACCAUGCCCCAGGCAGCACCAAGAGGAAGCGAAGCGGAAGCGGAGGCGGAGAAUUGGAGGAGCGGCAAUAGUUCAAACCCUGACUCCAGCUUAUGGUUUCUCGGUUGAACGUGAAGAACAUUACCAUCUUUUUGUGGCCGCCUCAAUUAUUCGAUUCCCCCCAAAAAAAAAACAAUAGCCGAGGAGUGAUUAGAUACUGGGGUGGGACAACUUUUGAUAUAAUAAUAUUUUGCAUCAAAGACUUGGAUUCUAUGUUAUAAUUUCCCCGUUUUGGGUUUUAAUAUUUAAAAGGCUUUUUGAAAUACACUAUUACUGCUG